GCACAUCAUGUCAACCAGUCGGCCAUUACCUGUUUACAAUUAUGAAGAUUAUGUUCCAAUUGAGGGAAUCUCAUGCCCAAUUUGUGGUAACCCCUGUGGGUCUCUUCAAGAUUUAAACAAGCAUUUAGAUGUUGCUCACAAUGAGGAAGAUACAAAAGGAGCUUUUUUAUCGUGGUUUGGAAAUGCACAAAGAAAGGUCCAAAAUACACUCAGUGUAGGACCAAACAGCAGAUACCUCGGCUCAUCCCCAAAUACAAAUGCAGUCGAACGGUCUCUUCGGCAGCUGGUGGAUCCUGCACUAAUGAGCAGCUUUAACAAUUUUAGUCUCGGAAACAAUAAUCCUGUAUUUUUUGCAUCGGAUAAUGAACGACAGGGUACAGAGUUUAUUACCAGAGAACACUGGCAACGAGAAUCAAAUAAUGAUAUGUGCAGUCUGCCCGGAUGUGGUAAAACACUAGGCAGAAAUGGAGCGGGAAAGCAACACUGCAGAAAAUGUGGCCGCUUAUUUUGUGAAACUCAUACUCAGUAUGAGAUCAAGCUCAACCGACAAGCCUGUCAUGAUCCAGAAAACGGCGUGUGGUGUAAAGUGUGUGUGGGGUGCUAUAUUGGAAGGGAAAGGUAUAUGGAGAAUCAGGGAGCCACACGUAAUCUAUCAAAGAUGUUCCUGGAACAGAGAGCCAAAACGAUCGAUCGUGUUUAUCUGGACAGUAAUCGUCUAGAAAAGCGACUAGAAAAGAAGCUUGCUAGAAUUCACUAUAAUUCAGAUACUGGUGUUAAAGGCCAUGAGCGUCCUACCAGUUUACUUACAAGUCCUGCUUCAUCUUUAAGAAGUAUUACUUUAGAGAGAUCCGAGUCCUCUUCUUCUAAAGACAGUUUCAGCAGCAUGAUUGCCCCAAAUUCGCCUUUAGUGUCUAGUGGCAACAGUAUUCUAAGCAUGAAGCUAAAAUAUCGAGAUGGUGAACAGACCGUGGCGAAAUGGCAAGAUGAUCGUACUGUUACAAAAUGUCCUUUGUGUCUUCAAUCAUUUACUCUAACAAAUCGCAAGCACCAUUGUCGCCUGUGUGGAGAUGUUGUAUGCGGAAAUGUUCGAUGCUCCAAAAUGAUACCUCUCUUCUUAAAUAUGUCUUCUGAUACAUUUGAUGAAGAGCCUGUUGGCGACACCCGUGCUUGUUGCAAAUGUCAAAGAGCCGUUUUUCGGCGCAAAACAAAGCAUGAAGAGUCCCUUCGGCCUUUACCGAUUUUUCCCCUUUACCACCAACUUUCACUUACUCGAGAAAAGAUUGAGAAGCAGCUACCUAAAUUUCACGAUACAAUUAUCAUGCUCGAAAAAGAAAAAACCUCUCAAAAGUCGCGACAGACCCACGAAAGUUACCAAGUAGCAGCUCAGAUUCGCAAAUCUCUCUUGGAUAAUUUUGCCUUGUAUGAUACUCUCUCAAAGAGCAUUAGAUCUCUCCCUGCUCCCACUGCUCCCAUGAAAAGACUUCAAACCAACAUAUGUACGGCGGCUAACCUCUAUCUACAGCGUAAUAUGUUGCCUCUUCAAAUGCUUCCGCGACUACUCAAACCCGAGAAAAAAAAUCAGAAUACAUCUAAUCAGUCUUUAAAUGGCUCGCCAGAUCCAACUGCUACAUGGAAACAAGAUAUUAGAAUGCAGAUUCAAGCCUACAAAGAGCAAUACGGGCUUGUUGAAGGAUUUAUUAGAGAUGCGCAAAAGGAACGAAGGAUUGAUGAUGUUAAAACAUUGAAGAACAGCCUUGAUGAAUUGCGUGUCGAAAUUGAUAAAUUACAGGCACAGCUGGCCUCUUAAUACCAAUGAAAAAAGAUACCUUCCGUCUAUUUAACGUGUCAUGUAAUACCAAAGAUAAUAUUAGCCUUAUAAAAAUCACAAUUUAAUAAAUCAUAGUCGAUGUUCAAAUUUGAAAACGU